ACGGGAACGGUUGUUGGGGGCUGACUCAGUGAAGAAAAGAAAUGGCGAUGCUCGGAGGACUUAACGCCGCACAGCACAAGAAAAACGCCUCUGAAGGAAGCAGCGACGUUUCAGAGUUUGUCUGCCCGGUGUGUCUCGAAAUAUUCGACAGUCCCGUAACUACACAAUGCGGACAUACGUUCUGCCAGAGCUGUUUGCAGGAGUGUCUGCGUCCACAGAAGCCUGUUUGUGCUGUAUGUCGGGCAGGGCUGGGGCACUGGACUAAAGCUGCAGAGCUUGAGGCUGUCAUUCAGUCAUCUGUGGCGUCUUGCAAAGGAUGUGGAGCCCAGGUUGGCCUGUCUCAGAUGAGAGGACACACAGCUGCAUGCUCUAAAUACCAGGAGUACAUUGAAGAGGGAGUGAGGACCACUGCCCAGAGCCAGCCUGCCAUAAUCAGUCCUGUGCCAAACCGCUACACUUUCACCUGCCCAUAUUGCCACUGCCAGAACCUCGACCAGGAUGGCCUGGUUGAACACUGCACUUCCCAACAUGCUAGAGAUACACGCCAAGUGGUGUGUCCCAUCUGUGCCUCAAUGCCUUGGGGGGACCCUAACUAUAGGAGCGCUGACUUUUUCCAGCACCUGAAGAUCAGACACACUUUCUCCUAUGACACUUUUGUUGAUUACUCCACAGAUGAGAACACCAUGAUUCAAGAGGCUCUACAGCGCUCCCUAUUGGACAACUGAUGUGUAAAAAAACAAUCCACCAGAGGAGGAAGCAAAUUAAGUGAAGGGAAGAUGGUGGCGUGACGUCUUAAAAAGACAUAACACACUGUAUCAUUCACCUAUUAUAAGGAUUGUGAUGCUCUAUUAUUAGGGGUAAUCAGUUUUGCUGGGGGGCAGCCUCGUUACUAUGAAUCAAAAGGCUUAUACUGAAAAAAUCAAUCACGCAAUGUGACUACAGAACACAUUGUACUGUCUGAUUAAGGAGCGAUACAUGAUUUGAAAACCUUGUAUCCUCCCCUUGUUAAGUUCAGUCUGUAGAUUUAGAGUUUGAUUAUUAAAGUUGUUAAGCAGGUUGUUCACUGAUGACAUGGUGUAUUAUGGCUGAAAAAACUUCCGAAGUUGUAAAAAAAAAUCCCCCAUCAUUAAUACUUGCUAUGAAAGGGGUCAACCACUAUGGGGCUGACUGUGGCCAGCAAACAAACUUCUGUGUUAGAAGUUGUCAAGUAAUAUUAACAAUAAUAUAUAAUAAUCAAGUUUGGAGUGACUCUGCAUGUUUCGCCCCAAAAAGAGGGAGUUUUUUUAGCAUAUGAAAGUUUUGUUUUUUAUGCUGUCUGUGUGUUUGUGUGGGAGAGUGUGCGAUCAAUCUGUUUUCAGAGAUCUACCGGAAAGAAUAAAUAAUGAGGGUCAAAACAAAGCCAGAAGUGGCUGUUUGCUUUAUUUUCACGUUUAUCCCUUAUGUCUUUGUGCCUGCUGGUAGAUCUUGUUUCUGACUUCCAAAUGUCAUAGGGCUAAUAGUUCAUCCACUGAACCAAAAGAUGCAAAUAGAAAACCAUCAACUUGUCCCGUCUGUGAUCUUAUUUUUCCUUUGGUGAGAACUUUUGUGCAUGUUUUACAAUGGCCAUGGGGGGCAGCAGAGUUCUAUCACUGGCUGUCAGUUCCAGCUGCAGGCCCUCAUUGGCUCUGUUCUGAGACAUAAUCCAACACAGAUUUUGUUCUAUAAAUGUGCUUUUCUUAAUGUGUUCUCCGGCUUUGUUUUAAACUGGAUUUCAAUCAAAUACAUCCUAUAAAAAUGUCUUUAGAAACUGAGGGUAUAGUGGGAUUAUUAUUUAGAGUUAAAACAGAAAAAUCACAAGUUCACUUUAUGGCGGUUGAUGAUAUGACUUGGAUUAGAUUUAAAUGUACCUUAUUGUAUUGUGCUUUUUCAUGCCCAGUGUAUCUCUGUUGUCUCAUCACAUAUAAACUCCAGUUUGAUUUGCUGGGUUCUUUUAUUCGUCUUGAUCACUGCCAGUUGUUCUGAAAAAUAAAAAAAUACACAUGGUUA